GGUCUGAUAUUAUGACGUCUCGUUCCCAGUCUUCGCCGGCGCUAACGACGGCCUUGCUCCUGCUCCUAUUGGACACCGUUUUCGCCACCGUUUCCAUCACCCGGCAUCAUCGAGGAGACGUGUUCGACGUGUCAGACGUGAAAUGUUCGAUGGAAACUUGUGUCGGAGUGAGCAGCGGUACGGCAUCGCUGGUCGACGGCAUCGUAGCGGCAGAACGCGAUUACCCGUCAUCGGUCGGUAGCAGAGGCUACAAACAAUCGACCGGAACGUCCAUGGAACCGUUGCACAACGGCAACUGCAGGUGUCAGUGCAUACAACCCGUGCCCGUUUUCAGGGACGAUUUGCGGAUAUGUGUCGACGAUCUGCAAGAAUGUUCGUUAGCUUCAUUCGUGUCUGGCACAACGGUACAAAAGAUACCUUACGUAUUUCUACCACUACAAGGACAAAUCGUGUAUCCUAGUGCUGAAAUUAAAAUUGCUGGUAUGCAGUAUCCUAUUUGUGCUAUUUCAAAAGCAAAAUAUUUAACUCGAGGCGGUUGGAUAAAUUUUAAAAACCAAUCAGACUUCGAAAUCCCUUUCCAAAUACACCGCGAAAAUGGACACAUCAUGUUAUUAUGGUUAGGCGAUUUACAAUCGAGGACCAACAUCGAAGGAAGGCUAGUAUUGAUCGAAAUGAUUUGUAAAGAAACAUUAUCACAAGAUUAUGACAGCAGUUUUCAGCAAGCCAUAACACCUUGUCUUUCAUUUAGAAUAGCAGGAACUCCAAGUGUAAAAGAAGUUUUAUUUUCAACUGACAUUCGAUCAUCAGAUAAUGCUUCUAGUUCAGGAUUAACUAUAAGUGAACUAAUAGCUGUGGCGAUUUGUUCUAUUCUAUUAGGACUAAUGUAUGUAGCAUCUAUUUUGUUGUACUUGCAUGUCCGUAAAGGGAGACCUAAGGGACAAAAUGGAGAUAUAGAAGCUUUUAAAAACCCAUUAAUGUCAAACGGUAUUACUGAAGAGGGUAUAGUAAAAAACAACCCUCUGUUACAACACAGUUACAAUGAUAAUGAGGCCUUUGAGUCAGACGAAGACAGAAAUUAUAGUAUAAGUACACAAGGAGAACCUUCUAUGGAUAUGAUGGAAAAUAAUAAUAUUAAUAGAAAUUUAACAACAGCUAUUGUACACCCUAUUCAGUCAUUUAACUCAUGUGUUGGCCAUUCAAUGUAUUAUUCAGAUUCAAAUUCUAUAGAAAAACAUCCAGAAGAGGAUAUUUCAAUAGUGGAAACAUUGGAUAACAAAGAAGAUCGACCAGAUAAUAUCAGAUCAAUAGUGUGUGCUAACCCAAGAAAAAAACUUUACUUCAAUCCAGACUAUUUUGAACUUGAAUUAUUAAUGGCUCCUCCACCAGCAGCGUUAGAAUUUUUGGAAAAAAUUCGUGAAGUGAUACACGAAGCAAAAAGAAAAAUAACAAUGAAAAAAUUCACACCAAAUCUUAUUGUGAUCCAAGAAGAUGCAAACGAAGACACAAAUGAACCAUUAAGUUCUUGCAAUAAAUGCAAGACUCAAUUUAAAAUUAAAUCAGCUACAAUACAAAAAUGGUUGAUGAAUGUACCUAUAGAAGUUACCAAACCCAAGAAAAAUCAAGCUCCUUGUGUUCCUGUUGAGUUAAAAGCAAAAGAUGACAUAAAUGAUGGAAAUUACUUGCAGCUCAAAGAAAACGAAUUAAAAUCACAAACUGAUGAAGUAGAAGAAGCAAAAGAAGAAGAAAAAAUAAUAGAAGAAAAAGAAGAAGAAGAUGAUGAUGAUGAUGAUGAUGAUGACGAUGACGAAGAACAGGGUACUAACAUCGAAUGCGAUAGUUUGGAAAGAUCAAUGAAUUACAGGCAGAAAUGUGGAUAUCAUACACCGUCAGAGUACGGAUUUGUUAGACCAGACCUGAGUCCAGUUUUAAGUAAUUCUGCUUUACCGAUGGAUGAAGAACUUACCAUUAGAACCACAUAUACUUAUGAUACUAUCACAAAAAGAGAAAGCUAUUAUGAACAUAUAUCUGGUCCAGACUGUAUACGAGAAAAACCCAAAAAGGAGAUCUUACCCGAUAUACUUAAUAGGUCAUCCGAACGUUAUAGUUUGGUUAGCGAAGUAUAUGUAAAUGAUAACUUUAACACUAGUAUGUCGCCUAAUAAUUCACUGGAUAAAAAGAUUAAAAAGAAGAGUCCAGGUCAAAUAACUAUUGAAGUUGAAGACUGUCCUGACAAUCAUCCAGCAGAGGAUUCGGACAGUUUUGAACCAGAUACAUUAGAUAGAAACUGUACCAAAAUAAAACCAAAUUUGAAAGCAGUAUACUCUUCAGACUCAUUGGAGCAAUUCAAUAGUCCUAAAAGCAUAAAUAAUAAUGGAUAUGGUAGUUUAUUAGAGAUAUACGAAGCAAAGAAUGUCAUGGCUGAUGUGCAAAAGAGAAGAGAUAUGAGCCAACUCGAGGCUAAAUACUUAAAACCAGAUCCAAAACACUGUCGAAGGCAAAGGUGUCCAUCACCUUUGUCUGUACAAAAGCCUCCAAAAAACGCCUGUGUCAGAAGCACUAGCAAACCCGGAGUCAUGCAAUCCGAUUGCGUCAGCUCACAAUUUAACCAGCGAACCCAUAAUAUCAUGGCUGGUGCUUCUGACAAACAAGCAGUCAAAAGUUCGCCAAUUGAUCAUAACAGAUAUGAAGACUCCGGGUAUCUCAGUACUGAAUCUAACGAAUCUCUUAACAAAGUGGUGGCUACUAGUCUAGAUACAGAUGAAUCUGGGGCAGAAAGCAUAGACACAGAUUUCAAAUUUUAUAAAUCUCGUACAGACCGUAAUUACUGUGAUUGGUAAUAAUUAUUUAUCCAAAGAUAUAGUUUUUAUCUAUUUAUUUUUUAAUAGUUAAUAUAAGUACCAAAAAUUAGAUUUAUUUGUAAAAUAUGAAAUUUGUAAAUAUUCAUAGAACUACAUUUAAAAAAAUUUCUUUAUACUAAGGUUAUAAUUGAUCAAAAAUCAAUAUCAUUUAAAUAAAUUAGGUGUAUCUUCAUUAAUUUUCUAAGAAUAACUUUUUGAAAAUAUACAAUAUGAUGGAGACAUUUUUUUUUAACAUCAACAUACCAACUAUUAAUAUUGAUAUAUUAAGAAAAAUUUUAUAAAGUUAUCAUAUGAUGAAAUACUUUCUCUCGAUAAUUUUAAAAUACUUUUUAACUAAUAUUAUCAUUGAUUUUUAAACAAAACUAAACAUUGAAAAUAUCUUUAAUAAUACAUCAACCAAAUUAAAAAUUUACCAAAAAUGAUAAAAAUAAUAAAUAUUAUUGUCUCUUAAUCAAGUAAGUAGCAAUAUAUUUGAACAAAGAAACCACAUGACUUUAAAUUUGUACAACCUUAUUUUUUUAAUUUUAAAAAUAAAAAUAUGUGUUCAUAAUAAAACAAAUAUAUUAUAUACAUUAUUGUUAUAUUAUAAUAUAUUAUGUACCUAAAAACUGUAAAUAAAAAAUGUGAAAAUAUAUUUUCAUAUGAGGCUGGAUUGAGUGCAAUUAUAGAUUAUUUUAACGCCUAUUAUUAAGGUUUAAUUAUUUAGAUAUAUUAUUUUAAGCUUUACAUACAAAUCAAUAUCAAUUUUAUUUAACAUGAUUUCAGUGCACCAAUUGUUUUCUCUCUUUGCCACAUACCAACUUAAUGCUUAGUAGAUCCAAUCUUGUGCUAUUAGCUUUAAUAUUAAGAGUGAUUUAGCCUUUUAUCUAACUUAACUCAAGAAUAUUAUUUAUGCUAUAAGAUCAUUUUUAAAAAAGUAAUAUUAUAUUACUAAUUACUAUAGUAAUAUUAUAUUACUUACAAGAUUGAAAUAUCUUAAAAACAUAUAGGUGUAUGGUAUAAUGUUCUUAAUAUUAAGUUUGAUCAUAGGUCAUUCAUUAAAUAAAAAAAACAAUAAAUCAAAGAUUAAUUAACUUUAAUAUUAAAGCUAACAACUUAUUGGUUCUGCUGAAUGCAAAUUUACUAUUUUGUAUGUGUCAGACAAAGAAAAGAAAUAGUGCCCUGACAUCAUAUUAAAGCGUUUUAUUAUCAUUACAUGAUUUACAUGGUUGUAUAUUUAAAUAUAGAUCAAGGUAACAAGCUUGUUAAAACUUUAAAUUAUUGUCAUUCCAUAAAUUUCAAAAAAUAAAACAAUAAAAAUGAUACAUUUCUUAAUGUAGCUAUAUUUUUAUGAAAUGUAUUUACGAUUUGCAUUAUAUUUUUCAUUAAUUUAAAAGGUAUGCCACACUUAAUUAUAAUAAAUACGCAGAUCUACCUACUUGUAUAUUUUUUUCAUUAUUUAUUUAGAAACUUACUAAAACAAGUUUUUAAAUCAAAAAUGUGCGAACGCUUUGUCCUAUGUGAAUGCGACAAAAAACAAAACAGCUUGUAUUUUUCCGCUUUUGGAACAGCAUGGUCAGAAUAGAAUUUGCCCACACUCGCCGCAUUCACAUAGGGCAUAGCGUAACAUCUAAAAUGAGAAUAAUAUGAUACUGACUACUGAUGGUAUUAGAAUAAUUUUUAUAUUGAAUGGGCUGAUAUAUCUUUUAUUACUUUGUCACAUAAUAAUGAUAGCUUUAUAUAUAAAAUACUGUUGUUUGCUUAAAUUUAAAGCCACUUAAAAAAAAAUUAACUUCUUACUAUUGUUUUUUUUGUUAAUAAUAUAAACAAAAAAAUAUCCAAUUUCUUAAAUUUUUUAUUAUUUCUUAUUUUGUUAUACUUGAAUCAUGCAAUCAUUUUAAAGCUUUAGGUUUAAAAAAAAAGUAUAAAAUAUAAUAAUUAUUGGUAGGUAACUUUGUUGGUAUCUUUUAGUCUUAAUUAAAAUAUUAUUAGAGUAAAUAUUAAGUAAAACGACUGACUUAUAAUUGUAGGUUCUGUUUGUAAAUUAUUUAUUUUUAAUCCAGAGAUACCUUUUUACUUUUAUCUACGAAUAUAAUGUAAAAAUGAAUGAAAAUUUAAUAUUAAAACUUUUAUGAUAUGAUUUGUUUUAAUUAUAAUUUUAAUUGCAGAAUUUACAUGUGAGUUUAAACUUUUACAUAUCUAUUUAUAAAAUCAAGCAACCUAAUGAAAUUAUUGAUUUCAAAUCUUAUAGGUAUUUCAUCUUAUAUUUCUUUUAAUACACGAAUACAAUUAUAAUUUCCUGGAAAAAUUAGUUUAAAUGUACUAUAUAUACCUACAUAAGAAACAAUAUAAAGUGAUGACAUUUAAUUAUUGUACUUAUUGUAGUAAUAUUUUAUUACUAUAUACCUAUCAAAAAACAAUUAGUUCAAGUAAAUAGAUUUAGUUGAGUUCAAUUGAAUAUUAAUUAUGAAUUAUUUAGUAUAAUGUAAAUAAUUAUAAAGUUAGUGAAUAAAUAUUUUUAUUGUUAAGUUUUAUUGUUAGAUAUUAUCAUGUUUAUGUUGUGUUUAAUUAUUGAUAUUGUGAAUAAAUUGAGUUGAUCUUUCUCCUAUACAUUAUAUAUUGUUGGUAUAUGAUUGAA